GGCAGGAGGGCUUUGGACACGCAGCUCCUUCCCCUUCCAGAAAAGCUGUGGUGACGGGAAAGAACCUUCCCUUUUGAAGGACAGGGGGUGACGCUGAGUGUCAGCCUGUGCGCUUCUGCGCCCGUCAACGGUCUGCUGCCUGGGGACUGGCUCCCGGAGUUUCCACCGGGAAGUAUAUUGAUGGAUAUUAUAAAGGGAAACUUAGAUGGAAUUUCAAAACCAGCCUCGAGUUCAAGAACGUGUCCUGGGAGCAUAGGUUCAAAUGCUUCUUUGGAGGUGCUCUCACCAGAACCAGCAUCCUUCAAGGUUGAUACUGCAAUCAAGUUGAACUCUGGUGGAAAGGGCCACUCUGAUAGCAGUAAUGCAGAGGAAAAUAGAAACAAUAGUGAUGAUAAAGGGGAAAACGACUCUGAGACACCAAAAUUGGCUGAAGGAGGGUGGGAUGAAGAUCUGAACUUGGUUCAACAUCAGAUAAUCCCUGGAUCUUCAGACGAACCUGAAUUAAAAGAAUUAGAUUCUCAACUUCAAAAUGCCAUUCAGAAGAUGAAGAAGCUUGAUAAAAUAUUGGUGAAGAAACAAUACCGAGAAAAAGAAGUUAAGAAGCAAGGUCUAGCCCUGAGACUAAAGCUGUGGGAAGAACUUAAGUCUGCAAAAACUAGUGAAGCUUUGCAAAGUAGUGAGGAGAUGGAAAAUACAAAAAAGUUUCUCGCUUUGACUGCUGCAUCAGAAGAAACUGCCGAUCCUUCUUGCUAUGAGCACGAAGACACCUUUUUCUCAGUGUUUCACACUCAGGUCCCUCCAGAAGAAUAUGAAAACCGUAAGCAGAAUGUCAAUCAAGAUUUUACCUAUGAUGUGGAAGGAAAUGAGUCAUUGAUCAAAGCACAAAAGAAACCUUUCUCAAAUGCAGAAAAGAUUAAGCUCAGGGGUAUACACAGCCAGGAUUUUAUUAAACGAAACAUUGAGUUGGCUAAGGAUUCAGGAAAGCCAGUGCUUAUGAUUGACAGAGAGAAGAGAAGGCUGACUGAACUUUUGAAGGACUUAGAUGACAGAGAUUCGGGGCUGUCCAGUCCUGAGGGUGAUCAGUCUGACUGGCUGGUCCCAGGAGAAGGAUACACACUUGCCAUCACCCAGCACCAGCAGCUUGUCGAAAUCGACACAAAGCUCCAGGAACUUUCUGCAGCCUCACCAACAACUUCCGACUUUUGUCCAAGACAUGAAAACCACAGUGAGCAGGAACCUGACCUUAAUGAUGAUAAUAAAAAUAUGGAAAUAACUCCAGGAGAAGAGGUACUUCGGAACACCAAAGAACAACGGGAUCAGCAAAACCGGCUGAGAGAGAUAGAUGACAAACUGAAAAAGAUGAAGGAAAAUGUGCUUUUCUAAAGCUUUCCGUCAACCCUAUAAUGAGAACAUCAUCGAUAUUUUCAAAUCAACGAGGGGAAAAUUGUUACAUGGCUUUUCUAGAACAACUGAUCUGCUUUUGAAUCAUAGGGCAGAAGAAAGAAGAGAUGUAGUGCAAUCACGCACAACCAACAUUUGCAAGACUGUGUCUCUGUUAUUUUUCUCUGAGUAAGACAGAUUUCUUUUGCCCCCAGGUAAUCUGCCUUUCCUACGGCUUCUCUUAACCGUAGCUUUUUAAACUGCUAGCUCUUACUAUUUGAAAUGUGUACA